UUGAAAUGUAGCAGGCCUGUGGUGGAUGUCUAGAUGGGGGAGGUGGAUGAAAUGCAGGGGCGUGACGCCUCACUGCAGCAGCGCUCACUCGCCUACGGGAGAAUGGGAGAGAGACAUAGAAGGGGAGGGAGGAGGAACUUGAAGGAAAAAAGUUACAAUAAAAAUGGCUUCCUUGUCUUUGGAGUCCUCAGAACAAACUGAAAACGACCCAAAGGAGUCCACGCAAGAUGAAGCCAAAGUGAAAGAGGAGACGGAUCCGGACGAAGUUUCGGAACAGCUGCUCCAAAGCUUCCAGAACUCGGCGCUCAGUUUUUCCACCGAUCAGGUCGCGUGUCUGUGCGAAGCGCUCCUGCAAGCGGGUAAUGUGGAUCGCCUGUGGAGAUUCCUCGCCACCAUCCCUCCUUCGGCCGAUCUGCUACGUGGCAACGAGACCCUACUGAAGGCCCAGGCUCUGGUCGCUUUCCACAGGGAGGAAUUCAAUGAGUUGUACACCAUCCUGGACAGUCAUGACUUCCACCCGAGUAACCAUGGGUUCCUUCAAGACCUCUACUUGAAGGCGCGCUACAAGGAGGCUGAGAGGUCCCGGGGUCGCAGUCUAGGCGCCGUGGACAAAUAUCGACUGCGCAAAAAGUUUCCUUUGCCCAAAACCAUUUGGGACGGAGAGGAGACGGUGUACUGCUUCAAGGAGAAGUCGCGCAACGCUCUGAAGGAAUGUUACAAAAUCAACAGGUAUCCCACUCCGGUCGAGAAGAAGAAUUUAGCCAAAGUCACCGGACUUUCUUUGACUCAAGUCAGCAACUGGUUCAAGAAUCGCCGACAGAGAGACCGGACUCCGUCCGGUACCAACAGCAAGAGUGAAUCUGAUGGAAACCACAGCACAGAAGAUGAAGCCAGCAAAGGAGAUCUGGAGGAUAUUGCUGACAAACCUUCUGCUCAAGAGACAGGCAGCUCCAAUGCUUCCCUUAUAUCUUACACUGGUGCUCCUUGCAGUACUGGUCAGCUUAUUCUCAACAGCACUGGGGGAUUCCUUACAAGCUCUCACCCACUGCUACUCAAUGGGAGCCCUAUACUCUCGGGGGCAGGGACAGGGGUCAUCAUCAAUGGGUUGACACUGAGUGAUGGCCACACAGUCACUCUUAGUCCUGUUUCAGCUAAUUCACCAUUUCUACUAAAUGGGGCUCAAGUAAUCUCCAAAGAUGAACGGGGCAUCAAUGAUAUAGAGGCCCAUGGCAGUCUGUCCACUGUGGUUCUGAAUCCACAAGCCAGUUUAACUAGCACAAUACCUCUCUCGCUUAGCGAGGAUGCAAAAACAGCCAGCAGCAACGUCUCUCCAUUGGAUUUCAUCAGUCUUCCAGAGGCUUUGAAGAAUUCAGAUAACACUCAGUCACUGCCUACAAACUUAAUGUCCUCGCCCACCAUCUCUACUUCUGUCAUCUCUUCCACGUCUCUUCCUUCAAUGGCACUGGCCCCCAAUAGUUUUCCUGCAUCAACAGUUGGCUCCAUGAGUUCAGUCAUCUCCAGUCCCAUGGUGCCACUACAGCCCACACAGCCAACUGAACUUGUUGGAUUAGGAAAAGGCGAGUCUCAGUCACCAACUCGCAGCUCCAUCUCUAGCCCUCAGGUGCUGUCUUUACCCCAGGUAGUUCCAUCAAUACAGGGCGUUCCAGUUUCUCAACUGAUGCAGCAUCCAUCUGGGGCCACCGUGUCAUCUUGCCCCCAGCUUGUUCCAGUCUCCCCAGUGAAUUCACAGUUACCCCAAAUCCCCAUUCCUCAAUAUCAGACACAGACCUUGCACAUCGGUCCAAGACUUUUGCAAACACAGCCCCAAAACGGCUUGACCACACUAAGCACCAGUAGUGCUUUAUCACUACCCCAGAUGGCUGAUGGGCAAGUUACACAAAUGCUUACACCUCAGCUAGGAGACGAAUCUAUUUCAGCCACCCUUCCACAGAUACAGACCUCCAUGGGAACACAAGUCAUUCCCAUCUCCUCCCCGACUCAAGUUGUGCCCAUAUCCCAAACCAAAGACUCAAGCCAACCUCAGCUGGUCCCCCUGUCACUGCCUCAACUUAUGCCUGUGUCAUCCAUUGCAGGAACUCCAACUGGAACCCUGUCCUUCCCUCAGGUGGUCCCAGCAACUCCAUCCCUUUCCAUUCCAUCCCAUGGAGGUGCUUUCCAGAUUCUGACAUCUGGAUCUGGAACAGGAUUCAGUGUUGCCCAGGGACCAAUAUGCCUUAGCCCAAUAGGUCCUCCUCAGAGUGUCCCUACUGGUUCCAUCCCAGGUGUUCAGCUUAUCAACUCUGGGGUGAUUCAGCUACCUUCUGCCUCUCCAGGCAACAUCCUACUUGCAGGUGGCAUUGGGAGCGGCCCUAUCUUAAGUGUUCAAAAUGGCAAACUCAUCCUCACUAUCCCAGCUGGCAUCCAGUUCACCAGCAUGCCUGUCAAGUCCGUCCCAGACAGUUUGGUCUCGAGCAACAGUACCCUUGAUCCUCAACCCUCUGCUAUGCAUCCACUUGAGAAUCAACCAGCAGCUUCACUCACUGCUCAAACCUCAAAUUCACUACAGUCAUCUCCUUUGGGGUUUGUUGGCUCCUCUACACUUUACUGCAGCCCUGAGCCAGGGACAAUUGCCAACCUAACACCAGGAGCCUCUCCUAACACCCCAGACUCUUCCAGCACUCCCACUCCUACAAGUGUCCUACAAUCCCAGCAAACCCUUAGCCCUGAUAGCAUGCUACCACUCAGUCCAAUAUGUAGCGGUGUGACAACUGGCCCACACCUCUCCCAGCCAGUCUGGAGCCCUGUCCCGCUCUCCUCCUCUGCUGGUCUGACAUUAUUUGACAUGCGUGGGAAAGGAGAUCUUUCAGAGGUCCCUGCUUUGUUGGGUUUGCCAGGCGGAGAGUCCCUCCUGUUGGGCACUCCUCCUCCAGGCGAAGAUGUGGAGAGAGAUUCUCAGCUGGAUGAGGUGGAGGACAUGGAUGGGGACUCGAAAAUUCUUACACAACUGCAGUCUGUCCCUGUGGAUGAUGAUCUGGGUUUGUAAUAGCCAGUUCUUUUGACAACCUUCUAGAUGCAGUUAGUGUUAAACCUCAACCUGCAAGAGUUGCUUGCAAUGAUUUAUGACCUCCGAGGUUUGGAGUCUUUCCCCACUCCAACCCCUUGCGUAGUGGAAGUAUUCAACCUAAUAAUGGAGUUAUAGAAAAGAACCUCUCUUUUAUAUAUGGAAUUCAGUUGUGAAAACUACAUAUUCAGCAAGGUCAUGACUAUAGAGGUUAAAAGGCACUGUCAUUUUUUCACAGAGAACUUUAGUGUAACCAGUAUUCACCUCCAGGAAUCUAAGGUUGUAUCUACAUUGGUUUUUGAUGAAACGCAGAGCUUGAUGUAUGUUACAAGGGCUUACAUGACUCCUUAAGUGGCUAAAAGACACUAAUAUGUCAGAGGCAAUCAAGAUUAUUUUAUCUGGGAGUGAAGAGCAUGUGGGAAUGCCUUCUUUUGUGCCUUACAUUAUUGUUACUUUUCAGUAUUAUAGAUUAAAUGACUCUUGACAAGUACUUUUAUCUUUAAAGAAGAGAAACAAGUCAUAUUAGGGUUUCCCUCCUAGAGACAAUAUAAUAGAGGUACAUGUUUAUGCUGGUCACAAAACUGGUGUCUUGGAGUGAAAUGGGUCAGCUCAAUCUAAGAAUGCAAUGAGUCUGAACACGAGCUACGCACUGGGAGCAUUUUGUCAGACAGCAUGUACAGGUGGUUAUAAAGAUACUAGAUGCACCAACAGCACCCUGCGCUGGGAAAAGGAAAUCAGAACUCGCAACAUUGGGGGGAAGAUGAGACAAAUUAACCUUUAAAUGUGUCUGUGACAACUACAUUGGCUAUAAUGCAUCCUCACUGCUCAGUCUAGGUGCCGUUUCAAUUGUAUUUUGCUUUAACAUUUCAGUUGCCUUAAGUACCUUUUAUAGGUGAGCAGACGGUGCAUGUGUCAGAUUUAUAAAUGGCAGUUCACUUGGGUUUUGAACAUUACACUCUGUGAAGCACUCUAUGUUGUUUUAUAUUCCAUGUAUACAGUAUCUUGCAGCAUAAACUUAUGAUAGCACACUAAACCAGGGGUAGGCAAGUUCGGUCCUAGAGAGCCGCAGACCUGCAGAGUUCAGUUUCAACCCUAAUCAAACACAACCGGGUUGGAGCUGAACUGUGCAGGACUGCGGCUCUCUAGGACCGAACUUGCCUACCCCUGCACUAAACCGGCCAUGGAUAUCCUAUAUUUUGUAAUAUGAUAGAUAAUUGACAUUGGUUUCCUUAGAUAAACCAUUGAGCUUACCCAAGCAUUACAGCUCAUUACCAUAAAACUGUGUAUAAACCUACAGGCUUGAGUGUUUGAAGGGAAUUGAAGUACUGAAUAUUUGUCUAUGCAACUUUUCCACAUGAACCUUGAGAUUUGUUUACUGUUAAAAACAGCCGCUUCUUACACUACAAAUCCACCAUGUACAUAUACAGUGAACUCCUUUUUUUUAAAUCCUGUUUAUCUUGUCUUUUUAUAUUUCAAAAUCAAUUGUUUUAAUUGGAAAAUUUCCACAUAGCUCCAGGAAACGUCUGUUUUUGCCUCUCCCCCACUUAAUACUUAUCAAAUGCAAUUAGGUCUAGGUGAGUCAAAGCUACAAGUAUGUCUUUUUCAACACAGGUCAUUAUCACCACCAGACUGAUUUCCUUAUUGCAGAGCACACCUCUGUAUAUUUUGCACAUUUUAUUGUUUUUAUUCAUGAAGCAUUUACAUUUUUUUUAAUGAGCCUUCAAAAUGUGGUGCUAUUUUUUUUUUUAACCAUGCAACUGUUCAAUAAGGCUUUUGUGGAAUAUUUGGCCUGUGAGAUUUUGACUGGUGCUUAAUAGUCACCUUCUAGCCUUCUAGUAGUAAACUCUAGCCUAAAGUGUAAUUGUCUCCCUGUUUUUUUUUUUUUUAUACAAUAUUUAAUGCAUUUAUCAAUCAUUUUGGGGUGAUUCAACCUUAAAGCUCUUUCCCUCAUUCUAGCUUAGGUUUACACUCCAUUUUCUGCUUUUGCAAUGUGUAGUUUUUGUAUUUUUCACAUUUAUGUUACAUAGGACUUGUUGCAUUGACUAUCCAAAGUUUUUCCUUCUUGUUCUUAUUUCAAGCACCUGGACAAUUUUUUAACUGUUUUUGUAAAGUAAGGGAAUGUGUGUGUGUGUGUGUGUUUGUCCCUGAGUAUUAAUAUUACUCCAGAAUGUAAUGAUUACUAUAUUAAUGCACAUGUAUUUUAUUCAGUAGUUAUAUUUGCUCUGUUCACUUUUUAAUAAUUUCUCUUCACUUUUCAUGUACAAACAGAAAAAGUAUGCAGCUAAUUAAACCAAAGAGUACACCCUUGACCCCCCCCCCCCAGUUAUUUUAUUAUUUAGUAAAGGGAGUUUUUGUCAUUAUUGUAAACAUCUCUUUUUAUAGAGGCGUGUCUUGUCUCUAAUAGUUAUUUUAUUUUUUAUAUUCCACGUUGUGAUAUGUAAUAAACAUAUAAAAUGCCA